AUGGGUGUUUUGGAGGACUCUAACGAGAUCUUGAAGACUGCUGUUCUGAAAGAGAACAAGCCAUACACUUACAAAUUAUUGAGUAGACAUUUGGAUAUCCAUGUCAAUGAUGCAAAGAAAUUGUUGUACACUUUCUACAAAAACCACAAGGAUCUAGUGGAAGCUACCUUUUUGAUUUCAGGGACAUUCGGUGGUGAAACUGACUUAAAGAUCAAAGUAACCAAGGAUUUGAAAGAUAGAGAAAAGUUUGAUCAAGUUCAAUCCAUACAAGUUUAUUCAUUAAGUCCACAAAACAUUAAGAUUGAUGAGAUAGUCUCAACAGUAAAUGCUCAACUCCAAGAAUUCAAUGUUGAUGAGUCUAAAUUGGCCAAAUGGGGUUUGAUUAAAGGUCCAGAAUUAGUCAAAAUUGCAUCACAAACAACUAAAGAACCAUCAAGAUCAAAUACCAGUAUUUCCACCACCAAAAAGCCUGAAGCUAAAGCACCAGCGUCUGCUCCAUCAAAAAAGAAAGAGUUUCCUGAUAUGGGUUUGAGGUCAGCUCAAAUUUUGAACAGAAAUAGAACAAAGGAAAAAGAGGAACCAAAAGCUAGAACAAACACACAACCAACCUUUGCAUCAUCCAGCAAACAGACUAAAGCAAAACAACAACCAAGAUCAAAGACAGAACCUGCAAAGAAAGUUCAACAAGAGGAUUUGGCCGAUGAAGUUUCAUUGAAGAAACAGAAGGAAUCAAAUGCUGAGAAGGAUAGAAAGCAAAAGGAGUUGGAGAGUAUGUUUGAUGAUGAUGAUGAUGACGAUGUUGUUAUCCAAGAAGCUGAUGAAGCAGAAAAAGAAGCAACAGAGACACCUACAACAGCAGCAAAUAAGAAUGAAGAUCUAGAAGGUCUAUUUGAUAGCAGUUUCAGUCAAUCUCAAAGUCAACCGAAUAAAAAGGAAGUGGAGGAGCAACCAGAAGAAGUGCAACCAGAAGAACCAGACGUUGUGGAAGAUGAAAAAUCUCAAGAAGACAAGAAAGAUGAAGGAGAGGUCACAAGCUAUUAUGAUGAGGAUGGUUAUUUGGUGACUAAAGUUGCAGAGAAACCAAAGACAAAACCAAAACCAAAACCCAAAGCAAGGGAAGCUCCUGCAUCUUCUUCAGCACCAGUCACCAAAAAGGCUAAACCAGCUGCCAAAGGUGGUGCUAAGCAACAAAGUUCUUUGAUGAGUUUUUUUGGUAAAAAGUGA